AUGAACAUUAAUUUGGAGAAGAAGAUGAAAGAAGCGAUCGGAGUGGUGGACAAUGUGGCCAUGAAAAUAAUAGGGCAGUGGAGGAGGGAGAUGGUGACGACAUUGACGGGUCUUAACAAAUCGAACUUGCUAUCUAGGUUCAUUGGAUCCAUCAAAGACGAUAAGUACUUGAGAGAUAUAGUCAUUAGUUUCAUGAGCCGGGGGGAGGGGAAAAGACGCGAGGUGGGGGUGGGGGGAAAGGGAGACGGGGAGGGGGAGGGGAGGGGGAAGGGGACGGCGGCGGCGAAGCUUGGAGCCGCCGUCGCCAUCGUCGUGGCCGUCGCCGUUGGGGAUUGCGAGGGAGAGAGGAAACGCGAGCCACUACCGUCGCCUUGCCGCCUCGCCGCCUCGCAACCUCGCCACCUCGCCGCCUCAUCUGCAUCGCUUUCUGCUUCGCCGCCUCAUCUUGCUUCUGCUUUCUUGCUUUCUGUUUUCUUUGGUGGUGUUGGAGUUGGUGGUGGUGGUGGUGGUGGUGGUGGUGGUGGUGUUGGUAUUGGUAUUGGUGCUGGUUGUGGUGGUGGUGGUGUUGGUGUUGGUAUUGGUAUUGGUGCUGGUUGUGGUGGUGGUGUUAGUGUUGGUGGUGGUGGUGGUGGUGGAGGAGAAAGUAAUUGUGUUAGUAGUGGUGAGGAUAUUUUUGUCUAA